CUCCCAUUACAUCUUUGUGUUUUAUAUGUAUUAGAUCGUUGGCAGUUAUAUUUUUGUCUUUUGACAGGAAUGCCUCUUUAUCAAAGGAAACAAAUUCCUCUCAUUCCUGCUCCAAAGUUAGAUGUUUCCGAGCAUGGUGAUCGUAACGUUUGGAUAAUUCCGUACACCUCUGAAAUCUUUAUUAAAUAUGAGUAUCCUUUUGCAGAUUAUUUGGCACGUACUGCACUCUAUAACCGGCCUAUGUGGCAAUGUGAGUUAACGGGUAAACAAGGACUUACUUAUAAAGAAGCACUUGAUAGCGAGAACACGCAUAGAGAAGCGUUACAUGAAAAGUUCCCAGAGGGUUUGAAACGUCAAAUAUUGGAGUUUGUUCAAUUUCGUGG